AUGAAACAUAUGAUUCAUGGACCUUGUGGCGAUUGGUGUUUAGUAGAUGGACGUUGUUCGAAACACUUUCCGAAACCAUUUCUCGAAGAGACUAGAAUGAAUGAAAAUGCUUAUCCUUACUAUCGUAGACGAAAUAAUGGUAGAAAUUUUGAACGUCCAGGACAUGAUAUUGCUGCUAUAACCAUUGAACCAGUAACAGAAAAUGUAAUUAUUGAUCAUGAUGAGAUACAUAAUUAUAUUGAAGCUCGUUAUGUUGGACCUGUAGAAGCCAUUUGGCGUAUUCUUGUAAAGGGGGCUACAAGUUUUAAUGAUUUGAAAACUGUAAAUGGAGAAUUUUGUCAAUCAUUUUCAGCGGCAUGUUUGGCUUUAGGUUUAGUUGAAGAUGAUGAUGAAUGGAAACGAGCUAUGAAUGAAGCUGUUGCAUGGAUGAUGCCUCGACAACUUCGACAUAGAAAAGCCUAUAAACAAAUUGGUGCUAUGCUUGCUACAAAAGGAAAAAGUUUUACAGAUUUUCCACAAAUGGAACAAAUAAUUGUAAAUAACGAAGAUGAGGAUUAUUUAACAUUGGAACAAGCUAUGGAAAUUGGUGGAUCAGGUAAAACAUUUAUAUACACAACUAUUUAUCAUUUAGCUAGAAUUAGAAAUAAACAUGUGUGUACAAUGGCUUUUAAGGGUAUUGCAGCGACAUUAUUACCUACUGGAAAAACAGUUCAUAAAACAUUUGGUUUACCGGUUCCAUUAUUUGCUGAUUCGUCAUCUGCUAUUAAAAUACAAACUAAAGAAGCUCAAUAUUUGAAGGAAACUGAUAUUUUUAUUUGGGAUGAAGCACCAAUGGCACCACGAUAUGCUUUAGAAAUUAUGGAUAGAACAUUGCGUGAUAUUAUGAAUAAUGAUUUUCCCUUUGGUGGAAAAAUUGUUUUAUUAAGUGGUGACUUUAGACAACUUUUGCCUAUUAAAUUACGUGCUACUCGAAGUGAAAUUGUAAAUCUUUCUAUUAAAUUUAGUUUAGUUUGGAAAAAUUUUAUAAAAUUCUCUUUAACACAAAAUAUGCGAGUUCUUCGAGAGGAAAUUGAAUUUGCAAAGUUUUUGUUAGAUAUGGGAGAUGGCAAAUUAAAUGAUUUAAAUGAUAAUAUAGAAAUUCCUGAAUGUUGUGUAGCGCCUAUUAAUGUUGAUAUUGUUGAAGAUAUAUAUGGUGAUUUAAUACGAAAAAAGGAGUUUGACAAAGUAGCUAAAUGUGCGAUACUUUCUGCAAGAAAUGUUGACGUAGAUGAAAUCAAUAAAAAAGUAGUUGAAUUAUUUGAUACAGCUAAUGAACGAAUUUGUACAAGUAUAGACAGUGCUAUAAAUAGUGGCAAUGGUGACAUUAGUGAAGCUUUGUUACCAGAAUAUUUAAAUAGUUUAUCUCCAUCAUCUCUUCCUCCACAUAAAUUGCGUUUAAAACCAAAUUGUAUUAUUAUGUUGAUUAGAAAUCUUAGUAUCAAUGAAGGUCUUUGCAAUGGAACACGAUUAAUAAUUAUAGAACUUGGAGAUCAUUUAUUAAAAUGUAAGAUUUUAACAGGUGAUAAAGCAGGAGAUAUUGUAUUUUUGAAUCGUAUAACAUUAUACUGUGAAAAUAUAUAUCCUUUUACUUUUUCCAGAAGACAGUUUCCGAUAAAAUUAGCUUUUGCUAUGACAAUUAACAAAUCGCAAGGACAAACGUUUGAUAAAAUUGGUUUAGAUCUUUGUAAAGAUGUUUUUAAUCACGGGCAACUUUAUGUUGCUUUUUCACGAGUUCGUUCUUGGCAAUCAUUAAGAGUUUACCUUGGUAAUCAACGAAAUAAUAGAUUCUUUAAAAGAAUCGCUGACAGAAAUGUCACAUUUAUAGUUAAAAGAUGGCCUGUGAUUAGACCAUACGAAAAACAUCUUGCAAAAUGGGAUUUUCAUCCGAUCUACUCCUUCCCACUCCAGGAUCAUAUGGUGAUCCCUGAUAUUGAUCUCAAAUCUGAUAAUAUGGCUCUGCUUUGCAAUAACCCUAACAAUGCUUUUAUCAAUCUGAUUGCCUUUAAUGGGCCUUCAAACGAUGAAAUAGCAAUUUUUACGGACGGCUCUUGCACUGAGCUUGAUGGAAGGGGUUAUCUGCUGAACUCUUGGUCGAGCUCUUUUGCGGCUGAAUCUGUGGCUAUCUUGAAAGCCAUUGAAAUAGCUGAGGUCAACAAUUGGAGGAACAUCUGUACGGACUCGCUGAGUAAUUUGGAUAUCUUGGGUUCUUCGCCUGAAGUUUAUAAAAACACCAUUAAAAAAUUCAAUCCUUCGCUAGAGGCUAUCAAGUCUAAGAUAACAUCGUAG